AGGUGUAUCCAAAUUUCAAGACCAAGUAAUGGAUGUGAUAUUGCUUGGACAUUCCAUGGCCGGAUUCUGGCGACAGAGGUGGCGUUGCCGAGAGGGGGGCGCGGGGAUUCAGGCAUAGGGGAUUGGGGGUUGUCAAGCUCGAUUCACCAUUUCCGGGGAUGCAUCCAGAGGUUAUAUCCGCUAGGUUGGGGAGUCUGUUUGGGUCG